AUGAAUACUUUAUAGGAAAACAGAUUAUUUGUUUAGCAAAUUAAAUAGAAACAAGAUGAAUUUAAAGUAUAUAUUUAUCAUAGUAUAAGAAAACUAUUCAAUUUCCAUUUAAGAAAGAACCUCCUCUAUUGUAGUAGCAUAAUUUUAAUUAGCUUACAUCUCCUAAUUAAAGAAGAGAACAAACUCCAAAUUAAAGAAAGGGCAAGAAUGAAAGUAAGAUUAUUUUUUUAUAUUUUAGAUGAUAAUUCAUGUUCACCUACUCUUUUUCGAACUCCAUAAAUUAGUUUACAUUAUGACUAAAAUAAAAAGCAUAAUUAAUAGAGUAAUAAUAGAAGUCGUAAUGAGAAUGUGUCAAAUUACAAAGAAAGAAGAGAGCCAAUUAAUGACUCUGUCACUAAGGAUUACUCAAAAGUAUUAGAAGAAGUGAUGAAAAAAUACAGACAACUGAAAUCAGAAUUAUUGACAAAAGAUAAGGAAGUGCAGAAGACAAGAUUUUAUAAAGAAGAAUGGUUGAAAGAAAAGGUUUAGAUAUAUCAUGUAUGACUAUAUAGAAACGUAAUGAAUAAUUACAAGAGAGAAACAAGAUUUUAAAAACGAAAAUGUUAAAAAUCAUUGAAUUAGUUUAAUAAGAUUAAUUGAAAUAGAAUGAUGAUUCGGAGGUAGUAUCAUUUUAUUAAAAUUUUAGUCAAUAGGGUAUAAUAUCUAGUCUCUAAACAGAAAAUAAGUAUUUACGUUAAAUGUUGCAUUUAUAUGAUGUUACAGAUAUUUCAAGUUAAUUAGAAUAACUUGAAGGAGAAUAGGAAUAAGAAGUAGUUUAUAUUGAUAACAUUUUGAAUGUUUUUCUUGGUGAUUUGAAAACAAUAUAAAAGAAUAAAAAAGAAAAGAAAGAUAAUUAAUAAUUAGGUACUUAUUUGAUAUGAAUAUUAAAGGUCAAUUUAAUUCAUUAUCACUAACAGUUUUGAACAAAGAGUCAAGCUUUGUUGAUUUGUCAGAAGAUAAACUUUUAAUGGAAUAAUCAUGA